AGAAGAUGAUGAGAAUAAGAAGCAAUAAUAGGAUGUUGGUAUGUAGUGUGGUAGUCGUAAUUUUAGCAGUAAGUAGCAUAAAUGGAGAGUUUAUAACCUGCCCUAGCCGGAAGAGCCCUUGCUUUCUGAAGCGCCGCUAUUGCCCCGCCGAAUGCCCUUCCAAAACACCCUCUACCUCUCUAUCAAAACUUUGUUACCUCGACUGCAAUUCUCCCCUCUGCCAACCUCAGUGUCGGAACAGGAAGCCGAAUUGCAAUGGCCCGGGAGCAGCAUGCUUGGACCCGCGUUUCAUCGGCGGCGAUGGAAUCGUCUUCUACUUCCACGGCAAGAGAAACCAACAUUUCACCUUGGUUUCAGACUAUAACCUCCAAAUCAACGCCCAUUUCAUCGGCCUAAGACCCGCCGCCCGGCCGCGAGACUACACAUGGAUUCAGGCCCUGGGAAUCCUCUUUAACGGCCACUCCUUCUCCGUCGAGGCCACAAAGGCCACAAAAUGGGACCACCAAAUCGAUCACCUCACCUUUUCUCACCACGGCUUCGAACUAUCCAUCCCCCAAGAUUACCCAUCAUCGUGGGAAUCCUCGGACAGAAGCAUUAAGGUUGAAAGAACGUCGGCGGAGAACAGCGCCCUCAUCACGCUCCGGGAAACCGCCGAGAUUUCGGUCAACGUUGUACCCGUGACUAAGGAAGACGACAGAGUGCACAACUACCAGAUUCCGUCCGACGACUGCUUUGCCCAUCUGGAAGUUCAGUUCAGAUUCUUCGGGCUGUCGGAUGCGGUGGACGGCGUGCUGGGGCGGACGUACCGGCCGGAUUUUGAAAACCCGGCCAAACCGGGCGUUGCGAUGCCCGUUGUCGGAGGAGAAGACAAGUACUGGACGGCGUCGCUUUUGUCGCCGGAGUGUAAACUCUGCAUUUUCUCUCCGGCUGCCGGAGUUUUGAAUGAAUAUCCGACCGUGAAAAACUACGGCGGCGCCUUGGAUUGCUCAGGGAGAUCAAGCAGCGGCAAUGGCAUUGUUUGCAGGAAAUAAUAUAGCUAUUCUGGAUCAACCAAUUAUAAGUUCUGCAUUGCUUUUUAUUUUGAUUAAUAAGGCAAAGCCAGUGAUGAAUUCUGUAACUUAUUACAUUAUUCUAGUGUUUCACCGGUAAUUUCUUUAAGAAAUUA